AUGGACAUUAACAUCGAGGAUAUACUCGCGGAACUGGACAGGGACAGCACGACCGUCGUUGAGCCCUGGUCGACCUCGCAGCAGAUGAGAGGCCCCAGCGACGACGUGUCGACCGUGCUUAACUCGUUACCGCCGACUUCAACAGCAGCAGCAGCGCAGGGGAAGCAACUGGGGGGCUCCCUGUUGGCAAGGGAGGACUACGAGUGUCUUGUGGCCCACUGGCGCAACGAGCGGUGCUCCCCAGAGAUCCUGCCGUACCCGCACGCGCUAAUGAGGAGGAUGUUGCACAGGGUACAGGAGCAAAUGGAGCAAUUGGAGGCCAUCUCGAUGAACUUCAUGGACCCGGACGCCAUGGCAGCCGGGUCUGACGUCUCUGGACCAGCGAACAACAACAGCAUGUUGCCCCUGCUGUGUAUGGAGGCGGAAUUGGAGAGGGUGAGGUUCGUGGUGAGGAGUUACGUGCGGUGUCGCUUCGCUAAAGUCGACCGGUUCUCUACGUACUUGGAGCAGUUGCAUGGGGUGGCCCCACAGCAGUUUGAGGAAUUGUUGUCCCCCGAGGAGAUCGAGUACCAUGCGCGACACUUCGCUAUCCUGCUGGACUUGUUCAACAACACCGUGUUGAAACACAUGCCCGCGGAGCUGCAGGCGAUCAACGACACGGAGGGGAGUGUCAAUAUGGUCGACGAACCGGACUGGAACAGGUUCGUGUUCGUGAGAGUGGUGGGACCGCGCGACGGUAAAUUGGAGUUAGAUCCACAGCUCAUCACUUUACCCAACGGGAAGCAUUGCUACACGGUGACGAUCCCGGAACUGCAAGAGGACGUCGAGUGCACCAUUGGAAGUAUCUACGUAAUGCGGUAUGCAGUCAUCAAGGAUUUGCUAAUGCAGAACAAAGUGGAGUUGAUAUAA